GCAAAAAGGAAGAAGUAAAACGCCGUUCGCAUAUGAAGCAAAAUUCGUCUGCAAAAACAACGUUGGUUUCGUAUUUGUUGAUUUCUCGAGGCUCUCGGGCUCUCCACGGGCCGGGAAAGAUGCUUCGUCAAGCGCUGCUAAGAAUUCAAGCACCAUCAGCAUCCGCAGUAUCAGUGAGGGGCAAAAGCUCAGCGGCUGGAAAGGGCCACUCAAUCAGCUGGUCCACAGGAGAAGUACAACACCCAGCUCCUCCAGACUGCCCUGUGGGAAACAAGGGAGAAUACCCGCAGCAGCUACCAGAUGGAAGUUUGCAGUAUUUCGGAUUCCAGUAUUACCCAAGGUAGGGUAAAAGUCACAGAGA